UUGAGCAGCAAGCAGCGAAGCAAGGAGUUGGUGGCCAUGGUCGAUUCCGGCGCCACCACGAAGUUCCUCCACAGACGAUUUGUGGCACGGAACCAGGUCACGAUGAGGAAGCUGGCAAAGCCUAUUCCUCUGUACAACAUCGAUGGAUCGGAGAACCGAGACGGCACAAUCACAGAAGUGGCCGUUCUCACUAUGAAGAUCGGCAACCAUGAGGAAGAGGUCGCGUUC